AUGAAUACAGAUAUUUCAUCAAAACAAAAUGGUCUCGAAAUGUAUAAGAGACACGUUUCAAAUGACAAUGAAGAUGCAGUGUGCACUCAAAAUAUUCAAAACAUUCACUUAGUAGAGUCAUGUUCGCAUUUUCCCAAUUCUACACUUCUGUUCGUCCCUGCACAAGCCAAAUUAAUGACCGAUUCUACUACAAUGCCUCCAAAUGGAAAUACGGAUGAACAUGUGCAAAAUUUUCCAUAUGAAGAUUCUUCUCAGGGUUGUAAAAAGUCUUGCAUUCGUGAGACUCUGCACAUGAAUGGAAAUUACAUUCGAUUGGGUUCUUCUAAUGAAGGUAAGCAUAUGAUGUCCUCCAACCGGCGGGAACCCCAAGAACGAGGGGCUAACAUAAUUGGAGGUAACCAAAUUGGAGAUAACCAAAUUGGAGAUAACCAAAUUGGAGGUAACCAAAUUGGCCAUAACCCAAUUGGCCAUAACCCACGACGGAAUCAGCGAGGCGGUGCCGCUUACUCGAAGAAGGCCGAAUCACAGCAUCUAGGUAAGAGCAAAAAAUGUAGUAAUGUAUCUUCGAGAGGGGAAAAAAAAAGGCACAGAAACUUAUUUAUGACGUUGAGAAAAACGAUAAGUCUGCUGUGUAAUGAAAUACUUGCCAAGUCAUUCCAAACGAUGAUUUCAUAUGUUAUCACAACAUCUUUUUUCAUUUUUUUAAAUUUGUAUGUUUCUAAUUCGUGUACAUAUGAAGAAAUAGGUGGGUUUGGUAUGGCCGCUUCGGUUAUCACAUUACUCACUUCAGUGGUUGAUGGAGUGUCAAAUAGUCUAGAUUAUUUCUGCAGCUUUGCAACAGGGAUAGGAAACACUGAUUUAUCUUUACUAUUUUUAAACAUAGCAUAUAACACAUUUUAUAUAUUUUAUUUAAAAAUGAUAAUAAUUUUCUUUUUCUCCAAAUGUUGUUUUUUUCUCUUUUUAAAUUAUGCAUAUACUGGUGAUGGUGUUAAUAUGAAUAAAAAUAAUGAACAUAUUUACAUGAUAAAUGUAUUUUUUUCGACUCUUCAAAUAUUAUUAAUUUCUUUUUUCCCUCAAUUUAUUUAUGAAUCCACAAGACGUUAUUUAAUUUUACAUAAUUAUAUAUACCCAAGUUUGUACACUUCCUUUGUUUCUUUCAUUUUGUUAAAUUUUUUUUGCUACAUUUUUGUCUUUUACAUGGGUAUGAAGUAUGUCGGUGCAUCCCUUUCCUUGCUGCUGACAAAUGUUUUUAAUUUAUUUUCUAUUUUGAAGUUUCUGAAUGUUCACUUGGGGCGAUGUCUCUCCUUGGAGGGGCAAGAAGUGCACAGGGGUGGGGUGCCGAGUCAAACGGAUGAAACGGAUGAAGUGGUGACAGUUUUUCCAACUUGGGAUAAACAAACUAACGGAGAAUGCGAGGUGUCGGUUCCAUGUUUUGAUCACUAUAUGGAGAUGCACGAUGACCCCCGUGCAUAUUCACCCGAAGACGUACUGGAAGAUGUAUGUACUGAUUCCCCAUUUAUACAUCACAAAUGCAGCCAUCAUGAGAAUAGAAGAAAGGAAGAUGCUAGUAAUAGCGAUUCACAAUCAUCUAGAAAUGACAGCGGAAACCAUUUUGGAAACAGUUGGGAGAGAGAAAUAGAGACACAACAAAUGCACAUGACAGACAGAAGUAUAUACAACCUUCAGUUUUUGUUUUUCCAUAAACCACCGGAUGAUACGAGAAAAAAGGAUUUUGUAAAAACCACACGCACAAACAUCAAAAAUAUUUUUUUUGAAAUUUUAUCUUUUGAAUUUCAGCUAUUCGAAUCCACUUAUUUAAGUUUAACAUCUGUUGCCACGUUCGUCCAGAUAAAUAAUAUACUUAACCUUGUGUAUUAUGUAUCUAAUUCGUAUGGAAUUGUGCUGAGUAAGCUUAUUGGAGUAUAUAUCACUUCUCAGAUGGAGAAGAAGGGAAGGCAAAAAUUGCGUAAGAAGAGCAAUGUGAUGAAUGCACCAAGAAAAUGCACCAAACGGGGAAAACUGGGAAAGUACGGCAAAGAGACAAUAUCCAAUAUGACGAGUUUGCCAAAUUCGAUGAGUUUACCCAAUUUGACCAUCCCUUUAGUCUUGUCAAAUCCAUCGACUGAUCAAAGAGAAGAAGUGGUCAUGUUUGAAGUAGAAUCCAGGAUGCGAAUAAAGAAAAACAAUAUAACCCUGCUUGAAAUUUUUCUAGCCUUUUUCAUGUUACUAUCAUUCCUUUACCUCUGCCUUGGUGGCGUAUAUAUAUACCGAGAUAAAAUUAUCCCCUUGGUUUUUAGUGAUAUAAAUAUACAAAGAAAUUUAAGAGAAAUAUUCUUCAUUUUUACAGUUGAAUUGUUUUUUGAAAUAUUGGCCUCUUUACUCAAUAGUGUAGUAAAAGGGCUUAGUUUACAAGAAGAAAUUUCAGCAUUUACCUUUUUUAAUUUUCUUUUUUUUAUGCACCCGCUCGGAUUUAUUUUGACUUUCUUCAUCAAGUUGGAUAUUUACGGGUUUGUAUAUUCAAACCUAAUCAGUAUGACCGUGCAAGUUAUUUAUCUGAUUGUCUUCUUGACCAUUCGCUUGCACAAGAUGUUUCUGAAUGGUUGGUAG